GGCCCGUCGCGGGGACUCACGGUCCCGACCUCUCCGUCGCCGCCGCGACUCGCCGCCCGUCGGCCCGCCUGCCUUCAGGAAGAUAUGGCUGAUAUGAGCGGGGAUUGUAAAGAGUACCAUGAGAUCGUUAUCAAGACGUUUGUUAACGAGGAAGACGGAUUCAAUUUCUACAACAGUUAUGCUCUUGAGAAAGGAUUUAGCGUGCGGAGAAGCUACGUUGAGUGGGAUGAAGCCAACAAGGAGAUAAUUUUGAGGAAAUUUGUAUGUAGUCGUGAAGGUUAUCGUGAAGAGAAGCACAUGAAGAGGAAGAGAGGAGAUAUGAAGAGGAGGCCACGGAAUAUCACUCGUGUUGGGUGUAAAGCCAAAUUGGUCAUCGCAAGAGCCGAGGAAACAGGGCAGUGGUUUGUGAAGGAUUUUAUCGAUGUACACACCCAUAAACUGGCCCCAGGGGAUAUUGCUUGCCUGCUACGUUCACACAGAAGAAUCAGCGCCGAGCAGAAAGCGGACAUUAUAGAGAUGGAAACUGCUGGGAUCCGCAAACACAAAAUCAUGGAUGUAUUGCGCAUGCAAUGCGGUGGUUUCGAUAAGGUUGGAUGCACGACAAGGGACAUUUAUAAUUUCUGCCAUCAGUACAAGCAGGAAACAGUUGCUGACGGUGAUGCUCAAACUGUGAUCCGUCACAUGAUGGCGCGGGAAGAGAGAGAUCCAGGUUUUUUCUUCAGAUACCUGGUUGAUAAAGAUGAUCAUCUGAAAGGACUGUUGUGGUGUGAUAGUCAAUCCCGGCUUGACUACAAGGCUUUCGGCGAUGUUGUUGUUUUCGACAGCACCUACAGGACCAAUAAGUACAAUCUGCCAUUUGUGCCGUUUGUUGGGUUGAAUCACCACCGCAGCACUGUUAUUUUUGGAUGUGGUAUUAUUUCCCAUGAGACGACGGAGGCGUACGAGUGGAUGUUGGAGGUCUUCAGUGAAGCCAUGUCCCAGAAGCACCCAAUAUCUGUGAUCACCGACGGGGACCUUGCAAUGCAGAGAGCAAUCAGGGUGAUCUGGCCUGACUCGAACCAUAGGCUGUGUGUAUGGCACAUUCAGCAGAACAUUGUACGUCAUCUUAGUGAUGACAAGGUUAAGGAGGAAUUCAGAUCUUUCAUAUAUGAUUCCUCUUCCAUUGCCGAGCAUGAGAGCAAAUGGCUAGAUUUCUUGGAAAGGAAUAAAGUAACAAGUGAGGAGUCGUGGCUGCAUCAGAUGUAUCAGAUGAGGAAGCUGUGGUGUGCCCCAUAUCUGGCGGGCCGUUGUUUCUUAGGAUUGAGCAGUAAUCAGCGGAGCGAGAGCUUAAACUCUGUCCUUCAUACGCAUCUUAGUUCGCAGAUGACAUUAUUUAAAAUGCUAGAGCAUUAUGAGCGUUGUCUUUCGACACGACGCUUGAAUGAGACGGUCCUAAACAUCGUGUCCUUGCAAUCCGUUCCAUAUACAGAGCCGGAUGCUUCAAGUCUUGAGGUACACGCUGCAAUGGUUUUCACAUCUAGUGUGUUUAAGUUGGUCAGAUAUAGCUUAGAUGCUGUCAGCAAAUGUUUUAUGAGCAAUAUACUAGAUGGAAGUGACCUAGAUGGAUCCGACUUGGUUACGUUUGUUGUGGCUAAGAAAGAUAGAAGAGAGAAGAAGUUUGAAGUGCGCUGUGUGGAGAAAGAAGGCUCUCCGUACAGGAUCAGUUGCUCUUGCCGUAAGCUGGAAUGCGUAGGCACACCAUGCUCCCACAUACUGUACGUAUUAGGAACAACUAAAGCAAAAGAACUCCUAGGUGCUGUGUUCCCACCAGGUGGACGAUGA